AUGACGUGCGCGGGCUUCCUGGUGGUGGCCAACAGCCACGCGGCCUCCGUGGAGAUCUGCACGGGCGUCCUGGUGUGCUCCCUGGACGUGGCCGGCCGCGCCGAAGCCUCCGAACCGUCCGAGCACUCGCUGCCGCCGCUGGAGCCGCGGCGCAUGGCCAAGCUCGAGGUCUGCACCACCGCGCGCGCGUCGGCCCACAAGAUGGAGGACAAGCCCCGGCAGCCAGAGGACGAGCUGGAGCCGCAGGACGAGCCGGCCAAGCGCCAGCGCCUGCUGCAGCUCAGCGGCUUCAUGAUCGAGGUGCUGGACCGGGACGACGAGCUGGACGAGCCGUCGCUGCCCUUCUCCUUCCAGGUCAACACGUACAAGAUGCACCUGCGGCCGGACGGCAGCUCCAGCAGCACGCUAAGCGACUCGCUCAUCCUCUCGGCCACGGACGAGGAGGCCAAGAAGCUCUGGGUCAAGAACAUCAAGUUCUGGAACCGCUACGGCUGGAGAGACACAGUGCAGGUGGCCGCCACGCACGAUGACCUCGUCAAGCUGCGGGAGACGCUGCAGAACUACAGCACCCCGCAGCUCCUGGGCGCCUACCCGCGCUACAGCAGUGAUGACGCCUACUGCCGAGACCGCAACAGCGCCAUGCUCUACGGCGGCCGCAGCAGCUUCCAGUCGUCCUGCGCUACGAGACGCCAGACCAGACGACGGUUCUACCGCACGACUUUGCCGGGAUCGUUCGCGCCGCCGUCCUGA